AUGUUUAAUUGUAAGGCAAGAAUAUUACCACAAGCUGCUUGCCUUUUAAAACGAUCUUCAUCCACUCAAGAACCUGAGGUGAUCUUUGAAGCUAUAAACAAUGCAGGCAUUAUUACUUUAAAUAGGCCAAAAGUUCUGAACUCUGUAAACAAAUCUGUCUUGUCUAAGAUGCUGCAUCAGAUGUAUGAUUGGGAAAACACCAAGUGUUUGGUUAUUAUUAAAGGGGCCGGUGACAAGGCAUUCUGCCCCGGUGGAGAUAUUAUACAAGCAAUCGAUAGAGUCCAUGGUCCAAUUAUGUUUGCUGUUGGAUACAAUGUUACUAAUUAUAUUAAAAAGUACAAGAUACCAUAUGUAGCACUAAUACAUGGUUUCGCUAUGGGUGGUGGAUUAGGUAUAUCAGUUCAUGGAAAAUACAGAGUGGCAACUGAAAAAACUAUAAUUGCUAUGCCUGAGGUUAAAAUUGGAUUUUCUCCAGAUGCUGGUGGUUCUUACUUCUUGCCUAGGUUGCAAGAUAAUUUGGGAAUUUACUUGGGAUUGACUGGUAAUAGAUUAAAAGGUCAGGAUGUUGCUAAAGUUGGCAUAGCCACCCAUUUCGUAUCCAGCCAGAGUCUUCCUGAUCUAGAGAAAGCAUUAUCUAAAUGUACCAGUGAUGGAGACAUACAAAAUUCAUCAUGGGCGAUCAUGGGCGCCCCAGAUUAUCAUGGGCGCCCCAGAUUUCUGAAUGAGCCUGUAGGAGAGUUCUCAUUGGCACUAAACAUGAAACAUAUAAAAUACUGUUUUGCUGCUUCCACUGUUGAGGAAAUAAUUCAGAGACUAGAGAAAAUUCAGACUGAUUGGUCUGUUAAGACAAUUAAGACCCUUCAUGAAAUGUGCCCUGGUUCUCUCAAAAUCACACUACUAUCGUUGCAAAGGGGUGCUAAGAUGGAACUAGCUGAAUGCCUUAAGAUGGAGUACCGUAUCACAUGUCAUUUAAUAGAAAAUCACAAUUUUCCCGAAGGUGUACGAGCCCUUCUAAUAGACAAAGAUAACAAACCGCAAUGGAAGCCAAGGACAUUAGCAGAAGUCGACGACAAAUAUGUAGAGAGCUUCUUCGAGAAGCUUCCAGACGAUAAAGAACUUAAAUUCUUUGAUAUGGGACAAAAAAAUCCCUUC